GAGGGGUCAGCGCUGCUGCAGGUCUGCUGCUCUCACACAGCUAACUCAAUCAACAAGCUAGUUAGCGGCGGAGCGACAAGAAAUGAAUUUCAGUCGAGGAAACGCUCGCAUUAAAUAAAUACAAAAUGGAUUGACCGAGAAUUAUUCCAGUGUAUUGCCUACCAGGAUAUAGUUUCGGACCAUUUCAGCUUGUUGUAAUGAGCGUUAGCUGCCGGUGCAUAGAGGAGUUUAAGUGGCGGGCAUCAGUCGGUACAUCGCUGGGACAACACGGCUCACUCACCGAGUAGGAGGAGCAUGGUGGUCCCGGACAGUGCCAGUGUCGUCUCCCAACCUGACAAUGUCAGCGCCCCUCUUCUCAUGGAGUCUUCCAAGUCGGUAUGUGAGGCAGAGGGAGAGGACAGGGGUCAAGAUCUGGCAGGGGUGGAGUUAGAGGAGGUCCGAAAGCUACAGGAGCUUGUUCGGAGACUGGAGGUCCAGAAUCAGUCACUCCGAAACAGAGGAAGCAAGAGCGCCACCCAUAGAGGAGAUGGAGUUGCAGUUGCUGUCAAUAUCAACGAGAGGGUUGCGUGUGAAGGAGUGACCAACUCCCAUCUUAGGGUGGGGCAUAGUGGUGAUCUGGGUUACAGAGACUUUGAGCUGUCACGGCUCCAGGACAGUAGCAGUGGUGAAGAGAUGUCCCCUCUGCCUGUAGUGACUAGGCUGGAGGAAGAAGGUUUGGCAGAUGAGGAUGAUCAAGGGCUGUGUGGUGGCUUUCUCACAUUGACCUGCAGUAAUGGUGCAGGACAAAACCAGGCACAAACUCAUACACCAGAUAGUCCCUCUCAGGAAAGUUACGAGUCGGAAACACUUGCAGAAAGUGACUCAGCACUGGAUGAAGUGGAUGUCCUGGAUUUGGAAGAAGAGUAUGCUGAAGUGGAAGACGAAGAUACUUGGUUGUAUGUCUCUCCUAAAAAGCAAAUUGCAGAUCCAGGCCCAGAGUCUCCUUUGAAGUGGUGCCGGAAAGUUCUUGACCACCGUAGCCCAGAAACGGAAAUGGCUUGCCGGACUCUAAUCAGCCGUUUGGACCAGAGUGCUCGAUGGAAGAACACACACCACUGCCCGUCAGCGGAGGCAGGCUCAGGCCUGAUUUCUCCUGGGUACCAUAAAUCAACUAACAAAUCCCUACUAACCUGUGGCAGCUCAGGUGUCAGGAGUAUUCAGUCAGCCCUGAGCUCCCAGUCAUCCAUAGAUAGUGAGGUCAGCACCUCAGAUGACUCCAUCUCCAUGGGAUAUAAGCUGCAAGAUCUAACUGAUGUCCAGAUCAUGGCCCGGCUUCAGGAAGAGAGUUUGAGGCAGGAUUAUGCUUCGAGUUCAACUUCAGCAUCACGCCGCAGUUCAACAGCGUCUCUGCAGUCCCUUCGCAGGGGUGGCACCUACAGUGACCAGGAAUUUGACAGUUACAGUCUGGAAGAUGAGGAUGAGUACAGUUCCCAGCCCCACCCUCGUCACCGUUUCACUCCCUCUCCGUUAGGCUCACCCCGGUGCCUUUCUCCAUCCACUUCCAAUCACAGUCAAGAAUACAGGAGCCGACUUGGUACGCCACGUACAAGGACACCGAGACGAUCUCUCCAAGGACCCAGCCCAGAGCUGCUAAAAUUUGCCAAGAGUGAGGAGGAGUUGAGGCACAGCAUGCCUAAUCUGGCCCCCCGCACCAGUCUACGUUCCCUGGAAGCAGUCAGAAACAGCCGCAGCAUGGAGGCUAACCUCCAGAGCUCUGGCAACCGCAUGUCCCACCUGACACACUCCCCUUCCACAGGUAUGGCUUGUAGUCGACCUCGCAGCAAUGGCCAGUCUCCGCUGUCCCUGCGAACUCCGGUGAAAGCUGUGACUCCUGUGGGGUCCAUGGCAGCAGCUCGUAAGCCUUCCAGAGGUCUGCCCAUUAUCCAAACACCACCUGCAAUAGCGACCCGCAGGGGCCCGUCUCUAGGAUCUGCCAUUGGUGGAGCGUGCCAGUCUGGUAGAGGCUCAGCUGCAGCAGGAAGGCCUGUGACGGGUCGAGGACAGACUGUGCCAUCAGCAUCCACUAGGAGUAAACUUUCUCAGCCCCCCAGAAGGUCUAUGGGCAUGACGAAGAUCUCCGAUGAGUCAUGGAAAGAUGGCUGUUACUGAGUCUGAACAGUGAAGGAUGGUUGCUUUUUCAACCCUGACCUGACCUCUUUUACCUUCCAUACUAAAAAGAACAAAGCCACUGUGCACACAAAUACAAUCUACCAUCUCUGGGUUCCUAUUUCAGACUGAAAAGCUGGGCUGCACUGGAUUUGUAGUUGAGACCUGUCUCUUUCCUUUGCAUGAAAUACUGUCAACCCACACACACACACACACACAGGACAUGUAGGAAGGCACACUUGCACACACGCCUCUGUGCUUCCAGAAGAUUGGUGUCAUUUUCUUGUAUUUUUGUUAAUGCUGGAAAAAUAAUGGCUGUAAUUAAUUUUUGUUGAUGUAAAUGAAAUGAAGAAAAUUUAAAAUUAAUAUUUUGCUGUUUUUUUUUUCCUAUUUCUCUGUGAAUUCUAACGAGAUGAAGGUGCUGAGUGUUGCAUUCUUGGUGAUUUUCCUGACCUUAAACAUUUUCAUCUCCCUGCAAUACAAUAAAUCUUCAAAAUGUCAUAAUUUUAUAUGUGAAUUGAUGAAGGUUUGUGAUUUUUUUACAUUUGUAUUGUAUGUGUUUUGCUCCUUUCCUGCACAUCAGUGCAACCCUGUAGACCACAAUGUCCUUAUAAUUUUAAAAAUGUGUUUGUGCCAAGGUGCAUUUCAGCUGCAACUUCACAAUUCCUAAAGUAAUCUUAAAUUUAAGAAGUGCUAUUCUGGUAUGUAAUUUUCCAGGCAUUUUUAUUGCAUAUCUAGAAAUAGAUCGGUCUGUGUUAUUUGGAUGUGCUGUAAAAAACAAACAAACACUUUAUGCACGAAGGCCUUGUGCCUUGGUCACCUAUGCACCCUCUUGCAAAUUGCCUCCUAGAAUUAGAAACUGUUGUCAAAACAAAUAAAAUCUACCCUGAUACCAUGA